AUGGAUGAAGGUUGUAAUUCUUGGGUUAGAAGGACAAAUUUCUCUCACACAGUUUGUCACCGAUUGGAUUAUUCGAGAGUAGGUUCUUUCAUCAUUUGGCCAGAUGCAGUGCUGAAUUCAGGUCUGAAUUCAAGGACAGUAUCAUCAAUAUCAUCAUCAGCAUCAGCAUCAGCAUCUGCAGCAACAGUAGCACCAGCAUCAGCUUCAGCAACAGUAGCACCUGGAUCAGCACCUCCUGUUGUUUCUAAGGUUUCAAAGGUUCAGAGGAAUCCUUCAACAAAUAAGCAGAGAUCUGUGUCUCCUUUGCCUGAAAUCUAUCUCUCUGAAACCUUUAAGGAAGCCAAGAAUGAACAAAAGAGGUUCUCGACUCCAGGUCGUAGGAGGAAAGAACAGGAUACGAGAAUCAUGGGGAAACUACUGAACAAGGAUUCUCAAGUUUCCAGAUCUAAGUCGCCUCUUAAAAGUCCACUUAGGUACUUUGGAUCAAAGAACAGUGACAAGUCGAAGAACCGGAAGGACUCUGGAUGGACAAAGUAUUUUGACCAUGGUGGAGUAAAGGUUACUGCAGUAGAAACGGCCGAGGAAUGGAAUGUUGACCUCUGUAAGCUCUAUAUUGGUCUUAGGUUUGCUUAUGGAGCUCACAGUAGGCUUUACCAUGGUAAAUAUGAGGGUGAUCAACAUGUUGCUGUGAAACUUAUUAGGGUACCAGAUGAUGACGAAAAUGGAAUGUUGGCCGCUAAGUUAGAGAAGCAAUUCAUCACAGAAGUCACGCUUUUAUCUCGCCUCCACCACCAAAAUGUUCUUAAGUUCGUAGCUGCAAGCAGAAACCCACCUGUUUAUUGUGUUAUCACAGAAUAUCUCUCCGAGGGUUCCUUGAGGGCAUAUUUGCAUAAGUUGGAAGGAAAAACCAUGUCUCUACAGAAUCUAAUUGCUUUUUCUCUGGAUAUUGCUCAUGGAAUGGAAUAUAUACACUCUCAGGGUGUCAUUCAUCGAGACCUUAAACCAGAGAAUGUCCUUAUUAAUGAAGACUUUCACCUUAAAAUUGCUGAUUUUGGUAUUGCUUGUGAGGAAGCAUACUGCGAUUUACUUGCUUAUGACCCCGGUACCUACCGCUGGAUGGCACCAGAGAUGAUCAAACGAAAACACUAUGGGAGAAAGGUUGAUGUGUAUAGUUUUGGCCUUAUCUUAUGGGAGAUGUUUACCGGUAGAAUACCAUAUGAAGAUAUGACUCCCAUCCAGGCUGCUUUUGCUGUAGUAUAUAAGAAUUCAAGGCCUGUUAUUCCUCUAAACUGCCCACCUGCCAUGCGAGCUUUAAUUGAGCAAUGUUGGUCCUUGAAUCCAGACAAAAGGCCCGAGUUCUGGCAGGUUGUUAAGGUGUUAGAACAGUUUGAAUCUUCGCUUGCUCGUGAUGGAACAUUGACCCUGCUGCAAAACCCUUGCGAGCAGGAUCAUAAAAAAGGCCUUCUUCAUUGGAUUCACAAGCUUGUUCCUGCUCAUCACAAUAUUAGUCCCGUGAUUAAACCAAAAUUUACAUGA